AUGGUGCCUACAUCGCUCGCGGGCCUUCCUGAGCAUAUCCCUCGACACCCUCCCCCCGUCAUUCCCACUCCUUCCGCAGCUGCAAACUCGGGCGGGCCUCAGGUACUCCAAGAUCCUCAAGAGGAGUCUCAACCGAACGCAGCACCACCUGUUAUGCGUUACUUCGUCGACACUGUCGCCAAUCGCUUCCGCAUAUUUCGCCGCUACUUCCGUACACCUGUGCAAGAUCCUGAAGAGGGCAGGACACUUGACACCUUCGCGGAUGCCCCCACACAUGUUCGCGCCUCAGACCACCACGAACCACUUCAAUCGUUCGGGGUCUCCAAUACGGGUUCCGUCCAGACGUUGUCUUUCGCGCCGUUCCUCAAUGCCACGGUCUUUCGCCUCAUGAGGUGGUUCUACUCGUCUUCGUUCACCAAGUCCAUCGCUGGACUUAACUCACUCGUCCACGAAGUUCUUCUGGCGGACAACUUCAGCCGAGAGGACCUGCACAGUUUCAGUGCAGCACGGGAGAUGAAGCGCAUGGACGACCAUCAGGCAACGUCGGAGGCGGGUACAUUCUCUGCGUCCAACAAGUGGCGGGAGGGCUCAGUCAAAAUCGGGGUUCCAAAGCCGAAGAACUUCCUCGUUCACGGCGACUCGGAGGCAAAUGCGCCGCAGAUGGUGGUCGAUGGCAUCUGGUACCGAACUCUGUGCGAUAUCAUUCAAAUGGGUGCUCAAGCAGCCAGCGCACGAUCCGCUCACUGGAUUCCAUUCGAGCUCUAUUGGCAACCACCGCGCUCGCCGGAGCGGGUCUCUCCUCAAGAUGCGGAUUCUUCUAUCGGCCCCGACACGCCAAGCCUGCCAUCAACUCGUAUCUACUCAGAGGUGUACAACUCACAAGCUCUCCUCGAUGCUGAUGCCGAGCUCCAGUCCCAACCCCGCCACCCUGCCGAUUCCGACAGUGAUGUUGAGUAUGCAGUCGCUCCUCUCAUGCUAUACUCGGAUUCAACACACCUCACAAACUUCGGGACCACAUCGCUCUGGCCCCUAUACGUCUGGUUCGGCUGGUUGUCCAAGUACGAACGGGGCAAGCCCAGCGCAUUCGCGGCACAUCAUCUGGCAUACAUCCCUUUGCUUCCUAAAACCAUCCAGAAGUGGUAUCAGGAUCAGUUCGGCGAGCCUGCUACAGAAUCUAUACUCCGCUUCUGCAAGCGCGAGCUCAUGCAAAAGAUCUGGGAGCUGCUUCUCGAUGACGAAUUCCUGCUCGCAUAUAAAGAAGGCAUCUUGAUCGUUUGCGCAGACGGCAUCACCCGUCGUCUUUUCCCUCGCAUUUUCACGUACUCGGCUGACUAUCCCGAAAAAUGCCUCAUCGCUUGCGUCAAACCUAUGGGAAAGUGCCCCUGUACCGACUGCCAUGUCCGCAAGACUGACAUCCAUCUCAUGGGUACCAAGCAAGAUCUAAGGUGGAUCGAGAAUGUGAGGGGCUGGGUUUUCGAACAGGGUAUCGACCCCGAGUCCAAGCACAUGAAUGAUUCACCGCUCAAUGAGCACUCUACAACACCGGCACGGAAUGCCUUUUCAACACGCCUCGCUGCAUUUGGAUUCGAUGUGUAUCGCAUACUCGUGCCUGAUCUCAUGCACAAGUUCGAGCUGGGAGUGUGGAAGUCAACACUCACACACCUCCUACGGUUGGUGAUCGCUCUCGGGGGGGACAACAUCCAGACCCUAGACUCAAGAUUCUCGCAGGUCCCGACCUUUGGAAGGUCUACGAUACGACCAUUUGGGUCAAAUAUGUCGGGUCUCAAAAAGCUUGCUGCUCGAGACUAUGAAGAUAUCCUUCAGUGCUCGUUCCCCUGCUUCGAAGGGCUCGGCUUCGUCUCUCCAUCACACAACAAGAUCGUCCUGGACAUGAUCUUCCGAUUGUCUACCUGGCACGCCCUGGCAAAGCUUCGCCUUCAUUCAGAGGACUCCUUACGCUACAUGGAACACGUGACGACCCUGCUUGGCGCUACAAUGAGGUCCUUUGUUCGUCAUGUCUGCUUGGCAUACUUGACGAAAGAACUCCCUAAGGAGACAGCAGCUCGUCAACGACGAAAGGUUGCCACCACCGCCUCCAUCAAGGUCUUCGAUCUCAACACGAUCAAGUUUCAUAAGAUGCCUGAAUAUCCGAGAAGCAUUCGCCAAUUUGGGACAACAGACAACACGACAACGCAGCCAGGAGAGCAAGAACAUCACCACGUCAAGGAGUUCUACGACCAAACGAACAAGACAUUGUCGUUUGUGGGCCAGAUAGCACGACGGCAGGGGCAUCAGGUGCUGUUGCACGAAAUCUCAUCGCACGCAGACGUGCCGCAGCCUCCUCUGCGUAAGAAAAGGAAAUUGAACCCUGAGGAGUUGAGUGCCGAUCUUCGCAUUCCUGGUGACACCAAGGAGUCACUCUCGUCGACAUCACCCAAGGACCACCAUCACGUCUCGUUUGAACAACGGGAGCACGUCAACAUCAAGACGUUCGUGCACAAGAACAAGGAUGACAUCGCGUGUACGCCCUCAUCUCGACCUCUUGGUCUUUGUGGGCUAGACAUCCCUCGCGUGACUCUAGUUUGCGUCUGCUUUGCGCCUAGUGCCGGCAACGCCUCUGCACCACUACAUCGAGGUCAUCCAACCUCCAUCUCCACCCAUCCACCCCUCCCUCUCCUCCGAUUGGUGUUCGCGGCCCGCUCCUGCGUCAACCUGUAUAACCGGGUGCAUGGGCAUGACGCCUCGACACUCAGCGAUGUGGCUUCGGUCCAUAUCAGAAAAGAUCAAAUGUGGCUUCACAAGACGCUUCGUGUCAACUACACCACCUACGAUAUGCGUCGCGAGCAAGACUCCGUCAACCCGAGCAGCCACGCUGACGUGAUGAUGCUCGCGGCUCGUCCGGAUGAAACCACUGACACGGAAGGCGAUCACCCCUAUCUAUAUGCUCGGGUACUCUCUGUGUUCCAUGUUAACGUUACUCUCCGGUCAGAGCCCCUCAUCGAGCCUCGCCCUAUCCACGUGCUCUGGGUACGCUGGUUUGAGCUAGACACGUUCACCCCCGGAGGAUUCAACACUCUCCGUCCCCACCGCCUCCGCUUUGCACCUGUGAGCGAUGCCUUCGACUUCAUUUCCCCCGACCGGAUCCUGCGUAGUGUGCAUCUUAUACCUGCAUUUCAUCACGGUCGCUCCGACGUCGCUCUCAGAGGUCCAAGUAUUGCACGCAUUGAGACGGACGACAUCGCCGUUGAGGACGACUGGAAUUACCACUAUGUUGGCAUGUGGUCAGACCGUGAUCUCUUUAUGAGAUAUUUUGGUGGUGCUGUCGGACAUCUGCACAUCAGUGCUGAAGCACACGUCACCCCCGCCAUCGAGGAUUCGGGUGAUGCUUCGGAGCUUGUCCACCCAUCCAACGUCGAGAAUGCUGCCGGCGGUUCCACCAGCAACGCAACUUCAGAGGAUGAACUUGAACAAGAAGAGUCGGAGGAUGACAGAGAAGAAGCUCUCAAGGACGUCGGGGAGCUCAACGGCGAAGACGGGGACGACGACGAGCACGCUCUUGACGGGUACGCCGCUCUAUAG